UCCCAACAGCUGAUAGUAGCACCCAACGCUAAACAAAUUUUGCAGCAAAAAUUAAAUAUUAAGUAAAAAAUAAUAAUAAAAUAAAAAAUAUUAGGGAAAGAUGGGUGGAUCCGAAAGAUCAUCCUCAAGCUAUCAAAGGCAUAAGACUCGCUCAAAGUCCCGUGACCGGGAUCGAGACAGAGAUCGUGAGCGCGACCGGGAUAGAUAUCGUGAUAGAGAUCGCGACCGGCAUCGUGAUAGAGAUAGAGACGAUCGUGAUCGCGAUUAUUAUACUUCCUCCUCCUCGAGACGCCACAAAAGUAAAUCAAGCUCAAGGCACUCAAGAAAAUCUUCGAAAUACCAUCGCAGAAGCUCUAGCAGUAGUUCCUCAUCUGAUGAUUCAUAUAGCUCUAAGGAUAGUCACAGCAGCCGUAGCAGUAGAACAUCAAAGUACUCAUCUUCGCGCAAUAGCAAAAACAGAACAAGAGGUCCCAGUUCAGAAAGUAAUUCUCGUAGUGCUCCUGUUGUUUCCACAACAUCAACAACCAACACUGUAGGCACUACCGCCACCGGCACAACCAAUGUGACAACUCCCUUAGCAAAGGCCAUUGAUUUAAUGGACCUCAAAGUGCAAAAAGCUUUGGAAACUAUAGAGGAAGACACUUUUAAGCCAAUGGCAUUUUUCAGCACCCGUGAUCGCGAGGCACCUGAAAAACCUUCCGAAAAGGUUAUUAUAGAUCUUAAUGCUGAAACUGUAACAAUUCCCAAACCAGCAUUAGAACCGACGGAACAUGGUAAAGAGGAAGUGUUUCAUCCAAAUUUUCUGGGCGACCAAGAACAAAAACAGGAAAAAUGGAUACGUAAACUCUUAUUAUAUAGACAGAGAUAUAUGUCGGAAUAAAAAUAUGUACAUAUGAAUGGGUGUAUAUACAUACAAAGAAAAUAAAUAAUUGACAAAAUAUGGGGAACUUUAUUUUGAUUGCAUCAAUAAAAUUAUGGUGUGAAGUGAAUUUGUAGCAUUCUAUUCUUCUUAAAUGCUGUAAUGAAAGAUGAGAUAUAAUCAAGAGUUGAAAUAUGUUUAGAAAUAAGUCAGCCAAAUGAAGUUAAAAAAAUA